GGCUUAUAAAUAGUCCUCCAAAUAUCCCUUUUUUCCAUCUCAACUUUACUUUUAAUUUAUUAGCAAUCCAUCUAUAUCCUCUCACAAUUAGAAUUAUUUUUCUUCUGCUUAAUUAAGUCCAACCAUGGGGUUGAAGUUCCUUCACAUCCUUGCAUACCUUUCAUUGGCACUAGUGGCAAGUCAUGCAGCUCUUCCUGAAACAUAUUGGAAUACUAAACUGCCUAAUACUCCCAUGCCUAAUGCAAUCAAAGAAUCUCUGCAGCCUUCUGGAUUGACAGAUCUAGAGGACAAAAGCACUUCAGUAGAUGUAGGCAAAGGUGGAGUAAACGUCGCCAGCGGCAAGGGUCAUAAUUCCGGGGGAACAAACGUUAACGUCGGUGGCCAUAAAGGCGGCGUUAACGUAGACACCCCGGGUGGGACCCACGUUGGUGUCGGUAAAGGAGGAGUUGGCGUCUACACCCCCGGCCACCAUGGAAAGCCACCAGUCUCCGUCGGUGUCCACCCCGGACCAUCACCGUUUCUUUACAAUUACGCCGCGAAAGACGAUCAACUUAACGAUAACCCUAACGUGGCAUUAUUUUUCCUGGAAAAAGAUUUACACCAAGGGAGUAACAUGAACAUGCAAUUUGUGAAAACAACAAACGGCGCUGCUUUCUUGCCUCGUGAAGAAGCAGAUUCAAUUCCGUUUAGCUCAAAAAAGAUGCCGGAAAUUCUUAACCAGUUUUCUGUUGAUCCAAACAGUGAAGAGGCUCACACCAUGAAGCAGACUGUACAAGAAUGUGAAGAGCCAGGUAUUAAAGGAGAAGAGAAGUACUGUGCAACUUCAUUAGAAUCCAUGGUUGAUUUCACCACAUCAAAGUUAGGAAACAAAGUGCAACCGUUGUCAACAGAGACAGAAAAGGAAGAGAGUGAAAUGCAGAAAUACACAAUCCUAGGAGCCAAGAAAGUAGGAAACAACAACAACAAUAAUGAUAAAUCAGUAGUUUGCCACAAACAAAACUAUGCGUAUGCAGUAUUUUACUGUCACAAAACAGAGACAACAGAGUCCUACAUGGUCUCAUUAGUUGGUGCUGAUGGAACAAAGGCUAAAGCUGUGGCUGUUUGUCACAAGGACACAUCAGCAUGGAACCCAAAACAUUUGGCUUUCAAAGUUCUUAAGGUUACACCUGGAUCUGUUCCUGUUUGUCAUUUCCUUCCACAAGAUCACAUCGUUUGGGUACCUAAGAACUAGAAAUAUUAUUAUUAUUAGAUGAUAUAUGUUUAAUCAUCUUCUUAUUUGGGUUGUUUUAUGUUAUAUGUAAUAAUACAGAGUAUGUUGUGCUUGUUAAACUUUAGUCAUGUUGUAUAAUCAUACUUUACUAUACAAAUAAAUAAUAUGUUUCGCAUUUUUACA